CUUUCCGGGGUGAAACUUGACCCUCAACUUUUCUGCACGUCCGGAGGUUGCAAAAAAAAAAGUGGGGGAUAAAGACUUCCCACGCUGAGCCUUCAACUGAACGAGAGCUUCAGUGGCUCCUUUCCUGGGGAGAUCCUUCUUAGGUGCGGGAAUCUGCAGGGAAGGCGCUGGCGUGCCAUUCCCUCCGAGGCUCGAGCGCCUUUUCCUAGAAAAAGAGGAGGAUGCCGGAUCCUUUCCCCCUCUCCUGCCCUUCAACCGGGUUCCAACAGCGAAUGGUUUCAUCUGCUCAGAAGAGAGCUGAUUUCCCGGCAGUGGGUUGCAUUGCUUCCUAUUUUUGGAAGGCAGACUCCCUACUUUCACUUUCGAUCUCCAGCUGUUUAGCAGCCGACCUAUGCGCGCGAGGCGGGGCUGGUGGAUUUCCUGCCCGGGUUCCUGUAGGAGAAUAGCCGGCUGCGGACUCUCGCUUGCUCGCCCAAACACCGAAGAAGUUGCAGAGCCUAACCCAGCUUGUGGGACGUUAUCCCCACGAUACGCAUCUUCCAGGAGAUCUUGACUGUCCGUCAUCCUCCAGAAGAUCAUCCGUCUUGGACGCCAUGGCAUCUGAAGUUGUUCACAUGGCAGCUCCUGUCUGCCUGAUUGAGAACAGACCAGACGGGACCCUUGUGAUUCGAGAAAAGGCUGCCGUGUCCCUUGCACAGAUCCGCCAGCCGGUGGUGGUGGUGGCCAUCGUGGGCCUGUACCGCACCGGCAAGUCCUACCUCAUGAACAGACUUGCUGGGAGGAGAAAAGGUUUCUGCUUGGGUGCCACGGUGCAGGCGAUGACCAAAGGCAUCUGGAUGUGGUGCCGUCCUCAUCCCCAGAAGCAGGGCUGCACACUGGUGCUGCUGGACACAGAGGGGUUGGGUGACGUUGGGAAGGCAAACACACAGAAUGAUUCCUGGAUCUUUGCACUGGCCAUUUUGCUGAGCAGCACCUUCGUAUAUAAUAGCAUGGGUACCAUUGAUGAAAAUGCUUUGGAGAAGCUGCACUAUGUUACUGAGCUGACCAAAAAAAUUAGAACAAAAUCUUCCCCCGUGCUUAGUCACGAGGACGAGGAUUCUGCCGAAUUUAUCCGGUUCUUCCCGGCCUUCAUCUGGGCCGUGCGGGAUUUCACGUUGGCACUGGAAAUCGACGGAUGCCCAGUCAGCGACGAUGGGUACCUGGAGAAUGCCUUGAAACUGCAGAAAGGGGACACAGAGCAAGUCACGAAGAGCAACAUGCCUCGUAUCUGCAUCCGCCAUUUCUUUCCUUCCCGGAAAUGUUUCACUUUUGACCGUCCAACUAAUAGGAGGAAUUUGUCUAGAUUGGAGGAGCUGGAAGAAGAUCAACUGGAGGAAGAUUUCUUGGAACCCAUGAACCGUUUCUGCCAACAUGUCUGGGGGACAUCCCGACCCAAGAUGGUCCCAGGGGGACACGUGGUGACUGGAUCAAUGCUUGUGAACCUGAUGAAGACCUACGUGGACGCUAUCAACAACGGGCAGGUGCCCUGCCUGGAAAACGCGGUGGUGGCCCUUUCAAAAAUUGAGAAUUCAGCUGCUGUGUGUGAGGCCAUCUCCUAUUAUGAAGAGCAGAUGCAGAAGCACUUGAAAUUGCCCACCAACACUGUCGAAGAACUGCUGGAGGUGCACAAAGUGUGUGAGAGGGAGGCUGUGGCUAAAUUCAUGGCCCAAGCCUUUCUGGACAACCUUAAAACGUAUCAAGAGGAACUUCAGGAAAAACUGAAUCAGAAGUUGGAGGAGUUCUGCCAGAAGAAUAAGGAAAUUUCUCUCGACCGGUGCCGUGCUGUACUUUUGGAUCUUUCUCAAGAACUGAAAGAGGGGGUCCACUUGGGAUUAUACUCUGUGCCCGGUGGCUACAAGAAGUUCAUGGAGAAACGACAUGAAAUAGAGGAGAAAUAUCAUUUGGUACCAGGCAAAGGAAUUCAGGCUGAAGAAGCUCUCAGAGAGUUCCUGAAAUCCAAGGAAUCGGAAGCAAAUGCUAUCUUGCAAAUGGACAAGACUCUGAGCGAUAAAGAGAAAGAAAUUGAAGCCCACCGGGCUCAAGCUGAAGCAGCCCAAAUGCAGCAGAAGAUGUUAGAACAGGAACAGAUCCGGCUGAAGCAAAUGAUGGAGGAUCAGAAGCGCAGCCAUGAUGAGCAGUGCCAGCUGCUGAGGGAGCACAUGGAGAAAGAGAAGAAGAAGAUGGAAGAGGAAACUGAUCGGAUAUUGCAGCAUAAGCUACAGGAAGAAAAGAAGCUUCUGGAAGAAGGGUUUUAUCAGAAGGCCAGACAGAUGGAAGCUGAAAUUCAACAGCUCAAGGAAGAAAAGAAGAAUAUAUUUGUGGAAAUCGCUGACAAAGUGUUGCCCCAUGCAGUAGCUUUCGGAAGCCAGCUGAUGGAGUAUAAGUUGAAGUCUCGUCACUUCAACACACAACUACCCAAAAAGUAGUGUCACCGUGGCAUUGGGUUACCAUAUCACAUCCUGGGUGCCAUGUUUGAAUCCCUCUAGACCUUCCUGAAAUGGCGAUGGAGAUGUAACUGUGAAAAUAUGUAAAAAGGGGUGGGUGCGCGCACAUCUCUCCCUCUGUCGUAUAAAGAAAGCCUUCCUUUG